CAAGCUACAAUUUAGUACAAAGCUGUUGAGUGUUGUGUUGACGUCCAUAGAGGGUCCAUUGGAAUUCCUGUUUCUUCAUGUCUAGUAUUCAGAGGAUCAGUCUGCAUGAGCGCUAAACGUCGCCAGCGAACACCAAACGGCAAGAAGACACCUGUCACCACAGACCUCAAUGCCACUUACACUCCCCCACCUACUGCUGCUAAAUCACCACAAGGACCCGAAUCAGCCAAAAAGGCUAAACUGACAGCUAUUUAUGCUGCCUUGAACUCUGACCCGGUCGAUGUUGCAGCGCUCCGCAAAUUGGCCAUCUCCCGAGGUGGCCUACUUACAGAUGAGAUCAGAAGGAAAGCCUGGCCCAAACUUCUCAAUGUCAAUGUCUUUGAUCCACCACCAAAGCUCAAAAUGCCAAUUGAAGAGCACAGGGACUACAAUCAGGUAGUAUUAGACGUCAACCGCUCCCUCAAGAGGUUUCCUCCAGGGAUGCAGGAUGAACAACGCGAGGUACUACAGGACCAGUUAGUAGAUGUUAUAGUUAGAGUACUCAUCAACAAUGAUCAAUUACACUAUUAUCAGGGGUAUCAUGACAUAGUGGUGACCUUCCUCCUGGUGGUAGGCAAAGAGAAGUCUUUCUCUCUCGUAGACAAAUUAUCAACUCAUCACCUUAGGGACUUCAUGGAUAGGACCAUGGACCGUACCAAGCACAUGCUCAACUACCUCUUGCCAAUCAUCAGAAAAGCAAAUCCAAAAUUGCAUGAUUUCAUGGAAAGAUCCGAAGUGGGUUACGUGUUUGCUCUUGCCUGGCUGAUCACAUGGUAUGGUCAUGUGCUCAAUGACUUCCAUAGUAUCCUGAGGCUCUAUGACUUCUUCCUAGCGUGCCAUCCUCUCAUGCCAGUCUAUCUUGCUGCUGCUAUUGUGCUAGAGCGUGAAGCUGAUGUCCUAGCCGUGGAGUGUGACAUGGCGUUCGUCCACAGUCUCCUGUCUCGGAUACCUGAUAACCUACCCAUGGAGGAGCUAGUCAUCAAGGCGGGAGAUCUCUUUGUGCAAUACCCACCCCACGAGAUGGCCAAAGAAGCACAGCUACAGUACAAUAAGAGCUCCGCUAUCACCAAACACAAAGAGCUAGAAGGAAACCUACGAGGUCAGCGUCCGGACACCGUCCUUCGCCGUCUCCAAGGCCAGGCCGGCGGUCAAGCCCAGGCAGGCUCAAAACAGAGCAACAGAGUGGUCAAGGUAGCCGUGUGGGCCAUCUCGGCCGGUAUCGGGGCAGCUGCCCUGGCCGUCCUCAACAGUGCAAUGGAGUUCUGGGUAUGAUGGAGAGAGAAAGAGUGGAGGUGAACAGAAAUUCCCUUUUUGAUAGAUCAGGGGGGUGUUUCACAAAGAUCCUAAGUUGAAGUUAUCUCUAAGUUGGACUUAACAACUAUGGAAAGCCAUUAGCAUCUUUGAAAAUAUU